AUGGCAGGCGGAGGUUUUGUUGUUCAAGGUGGUCGGGAUAACUACAACGGUGGCAUGACUGCCUUUGUGGUCGUCACUUGUAUGGUUGCUGCCACAGGUGGCCUCAUCUUUGGUUAUGACAUUGGAAUCUCAGGAGGUGUGACUUCAAUGGAACAUUUCUUGAGAAAGUUUUUCCCGUCGGUGUACAGAAAAAUGAACGAUGAGGCACCGGAAAGUGAAUACUGCAAGUUCGACAGCGUGCCAUUAACAUUAUUCACCUCUUCCCUUUACCUCGCCGCAUUAGUAGCCUCUUUCUUCGCUUCUGUUGUUACCAGGGCCUUUGGCCGGAAAGUGUCCAUGUGUUUUGGAGGCCUUGUUUUCUUAGCCGGUUCAAUCCUAAACGGCGCUGCCAUUAACGUCCCAAUGCUUAUCGUUGGUCGUUUAUUGCUUGGUGUUGGUGUUGGAUUCGCUAAUCAGUCGGUUCCAGUCUAUCUGUCGGAGAUGGCGCCGGCGAAGCUUAGAGGCGCACUGAACAUUGGUUUCCAAAUGGCGAUUACAAUAGGAAUACUUGCUGCCAAUCUCAUCAACUACGGCACAGCCCAGAUCAAGGGAGGGUGGGGUUGGAGAUUAUCUUUAGGUCUUGCCGCCGUCCCUGCAAUAAUGAUGACUGUAGGAUCUCUCUUUCUGCCUGAUACUCCCAACUCCAUCCUCGAGAGAGGCCACGCCGAGAAGGCAAAGCAAAUGUUACGAAAAGUCCGCGGCACCGACAACGUCGACGACGAGUUCCAAGACCUUAUUGAUGCCACUGAGGCUGCAAAGAAAGUGGCGCACCCAUGGAGGAACAUCCUGGAGCGAAGAUAUAGACCUCAGCUCGUCAUAUGCAUACUCGUACCCUUCUUCCAGCAGCUCACCGGCAUUAACGUCAUCAUGUUCUACGCGCCUGUUCUCUUUAAGACUCUUGGUUUUGGUGGCAACGCUUCCCUUAUAUCUGCAGUUAUCACCGGUGUUGUUAAUGUCCUUGCCACCGUCGUUUCCAUCUUCACCGUCGACAAGUUUGGGAGAAGGCUUUUGUUCCUCGAAGGCGGCAUUCAAAUGACUCUAUGCCAGAUUGCGAUAGGAAUUUUGAUAGGUGUGAAAUUCGGGGUAGAUGGCGAAGGAUCGUUGUCAGGAGGAGUAGCAAAUUUAACGUUGUUCUUAAUCUGCGCGUAUGUAGCGGCGUUCGCAUGGUCUUGGGGGCCAUUGGGUUGGCUGGUACCCAGUGAGAUCUGCCCUCUGGAGAUCCGAUCGGCAGGCCAAGCCAUCAACGUCGCCGUCAACAUGUUGCUCACCUUUGUCAUCGCUCAAGUUUUCCUCACCAUGCUCUGCCACCUGAAGUUCGGUCUCUUCUUUUUCUUUGCCGGCUUUGUAGUCAUUAUGACUAUUUUCGUGUUCUUCUUCUUGCCGGAGACAAAGAACGUCCCCAUUGAAGAGAUGAACAAAGUUUGGAAGGCGCACUGGUUCUGGGGGAGCUACAUCCCAGAUGACGCUAUCAUUGGCAAGAACGACGGCGUUUAGCUCCACAGCUGGCCGGCGUACGGUUGAUUAAUUUGAAGAUGCAAGAAUCGGAAUGAUAGGCUCUCUUGACAUUUUUGAGUUAAUCAAUGUGACA